CAUCAGAUAUAAAAAACCAGUCGUGCAAAGUGGAUGUUUACGUUCAGAUAAAGUAACUUAAAGACACAAGAAAGAGGAAUUAUAAAUACAUAGUUAUUUUCAUUAAAGUUUAAAACACGUACUUUAAAUAAUAAACAAGAGCUUGUCAAUGCAAGAAAUAUCUUUUCCAUGUAAAAAGGAUUCUCAGAAAAUAAAGUGCAUGUUUUUUGUGUCUAAAUCUUGGUAAAUUAACAAGAAAAAAACCAGGGAACGCCCACUGAAAAAUCAAAAAAACGAAGGCGUAAAAAUAUUUAAUUUCUUGAAAACUCUUUGAAUGUUAAACAUUAAAUGCAAUAAGUUAAGUUAAUUGAAAUGGCUACCUUAAGUGACACGCCCACACCAACAAUGUUAACGUCAGAGGCUGGUGGCGUUUCAAUAAAAAUAGAACAGGGUGUGUUACGUACAAAUAGUGAUGAUGAUGAAUAUGAAGAAGGGAGUGGAUAUAAUGCUGAGAGGCGGGGUAUUCCGUCUGCACAAAAUGAGUCAAACCACCCAAACGACGUGGACAUGAAUGGUUAUGACAAAUUUAAUAUGUACAGUAUUUCCCAUAGUAUUUUCCAUUCGGAUGUUCAUAUCAAAUCAGAACCACCGGUAGAUAUUGAUGAUAGGCAUCCCGAUGAGGAGGGGGAGGAAAACCACAGUUCUCAUAUGACAUCUCCAAAUAAUCUUGAUAAAACACCAAAAAUAAGACUCACACCUACCAGUAAGCUAAUAGCUUCACCCAAUGGGGUGACCAUCGAAAACAAACGACGUUACGCCUGUCCCUAUGAGAAUUGCACAAAAAGCUAUGGCAAAAGUUCACAUUUAAGAUCUCAUUUAACAUGGCAUACGGGGAUCAAGCCAUUCGUGUGCAAAGAGCCCGGCUGUGGCAAAGGAUUUACACGCUCCGACGAACUUAAUCGUCACAUUAGAACGCACACGGGUGAAAAGCCUUUUGAAUGUGCACAAUGUACUAAGAAAUUUUCGCGUAGUGAUCAUUUAACCAAGCAUUUGGCAACACAUUCUAAACAAUUAGCAGCCAAUAAUAGUGCGAAAAGAAUCAAAUUGGACAAAACUACUCAAAGAUCCCCUGCUAACACAACUGGACCUAAAGAUAAAACACCAGAGUCAAUUGUAAAACCUGUUACAAUUACAGCAAAACCUGUAGAAGUUCCCCAAUUAGGUAUAUUGAAAAUUAAACUAGAGAAACCCGAAAAUAGUGAGGAAUACAAAAUAGCCUUGCCGACACAGGAAAUAAAUAAAAACCCCGCUCGAACACAACCUCCAGCGCAGCCUUUAGAGUUGAAAACGGAAAAGAAAGCUGAAAUAGUAGUUAAACAAGAACCAUUAGACGAAACACAGACUAGUGCAAUAACAACAAGUUUUUCACAUGCUAAUGAUGAACCUGAUGAUGAUGCCAUUAUGCCAGAAGCCAAUUUACCACCAUUAUCGCAAAAUACCUCCACAGUAGAAGUAGCAGCAGCAGAAUCACCAGCUGUAAAAGCAACAACAUCUCUUGUUAAACCCACAGUAGCCAAUCGUUUGUCGGAUAGUGUUUAUGAUCCGACAAGACCAUUUCCUUGCUGUCAUUGUACAAAAAAUUUCAAACGCCAAGAUGAUCUCAAUCGCCAUAUGCGUACACAUACCGGCGAGAAACCAUUUGCUUGUAACGAAUGUGACAAACGUUUUAUGCGUAGUGAUCAUUUGAAAAAACACAUGAACACACAUUUUCGCGUAAGAUGAUUGGCUAAGAAGCAUCACUAAUCGAGAGACACAAAUUGUAAGAUUUCACACUUAAAUAUGAGAUUUAGAGAUUCCGAAAUUUUUCUUAAGACUAAAGGCAU